CACACUUCUCUUGGAACUCUGUCGUCUCAUUAAAAAACUGCUCCAACAAUGAUUACAUCAGAGUUGCCAGUGUUACAGGAUUCAACUAAUGAAACUACUGCCCAUUCAGAUGCUGGCAGUGAGCUUGAAGAAACAGAGGUCAAAGGGAAAAGAAAAAGGGGCCGUCCUGGCCGACCUCCAUCUACAAAUAAGAAACCCCGAAAGUCACCAGGUGAGAAGAGCCGUUCUGAAGGUGGAAUUAGAGGAGCUGGCCGUGGAAGAGCUAAUGGCCAUCCUCAACAGAAUGGAGAAGGGGAGCCUGUCACAUUAUUUGAAGUAGUAAAACUGGGGAAAAGUGCAAUGCAGUCUGUGGUGGAUGACUGGAUUGAAUCAUAUAAACAGGACAGAGACAUAGCACUUCUGGAUUUAAUCAACUUCUUUAUCCAGUGUUCAGGAUGUCGAGGUACUGUAAGAAUUGAGAUGUUCAGAAAUAUGCAGAAUGCAGAAAUCAUCAGAAAAAUGACUGAAGAAUUUGAUGAGGACAGUGGUGAUUAUCCUUUAACCAUGCCUGGACCGCAAUGGAAAAAAUUUCGCUCAAACUUUUGUGAAUUUAUUGGAGUUCUGAUUCGACAGUGUCAAUAUAGCAUAAUUUAUGAUGAGUAUAUGAUGGAUACAGUAAUUUCCCUUUUGACUGGUUUAUCAGAUUCCCAAGUCAGAGCUUUUAGGCAUACAAGUACCUUGGCUGCUAUGAAGCUUAUGACUGCUCUGGUGAAUGUUGCCUUAAACCUAAGUAUUCAUCAGGAUAACACACAAAGACAGUAUGAAGCAGAAAGAAACAAAAUGAUUGGUAAGAGAGCUAAUGAAAGGCUGGAGUUACUACUUCAGAAACGCAAAGAGCUGCAAGAAAAUCAAGAUGAAAUUGAAAACAUGAUGAACUCUAUUUUUAAGGGUAUAUUUGUUCAUAGAUACCGUGAUGCAAUUGCUGAAAUUAGAGCCAUUUGUAUUGAAGAAAUUGGAGUAUGGAUGAAAAUGUAUAGUGAUGCUUUCCUAAAUGACAGUUAUUUAAAAUAUGUUGGCUGGACUCUUCAUGAUAGGCAAGGUGAAGUCAGGCUGAAGUGUUUAAAAGCUCUUCAGAGUCUGUAUACCAAUAGAGAAUUGUUUCCAAAAUUGGAAUUAUUCACUAACAGAUUCAAGGAUCGCAUUGUAUCAAUGACACUUGAUAAGGAAUAUGAUGUUGCUGUGGAAGCCAUUCGAUUAGUUACUUUAAUACUUCAUGGAAGUGAAGAAGCACUUUCUAAUGAAGAUUGUGAAAAUGUAUACCAUUUGGUAUAUUCAGCACACCGGCCUGUUGCAGUAGCAGCAGGAGAAUUCCUUCACAAAAAGCUAUUUAGCAGGCAUGACCCCCAAGCAGAAGAAGCAUUAGCAAAGAGGAGGGGUCGAAACAGUCCCAAUGGGAACCUUAUCAGGAUGCUGGUUCUUUUCUUUCUUGAAAGUGAGUUGCAUGAACAUGCAGCUUACUUGGUGGACAGUUUGUGGGAGAGCUCUCAAGAACUAUUGAAAGACUGGGAAUGUAUGACAGAAUUACUGUUAGAAGAACCUGUCCAAGGAGAAGAAGCAAUGUCUGACCGGCAAGAGAGUGCUCUUAUAGAGCUAAUGGUCUGUACAAUUCGUCAGGCUGCUGAAGCCCAUCCUCCAGUGGGAAGAGGGACUGGCAAAAGAGUGCUAACCGCCAAAGAAAGAAAAACUCAAAUUGAUGAUAGAAACAAAUUGACUGAACAUUUUAUAAUUGCACUUCCUAUGUUGCUAUCAAAGUAUUCUGCUGAUGCUGAGAAGGUAGCUAAUCUGCUUCAGAUUCCACAGUAUUUUGACCUAGAAAUCUAUAGCACAGGCAGAAUGGAAAAGCAUCUGGAUGCCUUAUUAAAGCAAAUUAAAUUUGUUGUGGAAAAACAUGUAGAAUCAGAUGUUCUAGAAGCCUGCAGUAAAACUUACAGUAUCUUAUGUAGUGAAGAAUAUACAAUCCAAAAUCGAGUUGACAUAGCUCGGAGCCAACUGAUAGAUGAAUUUGUGGAUCGAUUUAAUCAUUCUGUAGAAGAUCUCUUGCAAGAGGGAGAAGAAGCUGAUGAUGAUGAUAUUUAUAAUGUUCUCUCAACACUAAAGAGAUUAACUUCUUUUCACAAUGCUCAUGAUCUUACAAAAUGGGACCUAUUUGGUAACUGCUACAGAUUACUGAGGACUGGAAUUGAGCAUGGAGCUAUGCCAGAACAGAUAGUAGUUCAGGCACUUCAGUGUUCCCAUUACUCAAUUCUCUGGCAGUUGGUGAAAAUAACUGAUGGUUCUCCUUCUAAAGCUUUCAUGUUGCUUUGUGACCUCUUGAUGAUUUUCAGCCAUCAGUUAAUGACAGGGGGCAGGGAGGGGCUUCAGCCUUUGGUGUUUAAUCCAGACACUGGACUCCAGUCUGAGCUCCUUAGUUUUGUGAUGGACCAUGUCUUCAUUGACCAGGAUGAGGAGAACCAAAGCAUGGAAGGUGAUGAGGAAGAUGAAGCUAACAAGAUUGAGGCUUUACACAAGAGAAGAAAUCUUUUGGCGGCCUUUAGCAAACUUAUCAUCUAUGAUAUUGUGGACAUGCAUGCAGCUGCUGAUAUCUUCAAACACUACAUGAAGUAUUACAAUGACUACGGUGACAUUAUUAAGGAGACAUUGAGUAAAACAAGGCAAAUUGAUAAGAUUCAGUGUGCAAAAACCCUCAUUCUCAGUUUACAGCAGUUAUUUAAUGAGCUUGUUCAAGAGCAAGGCCCCAACUUGGAUAGGACCUCUGCCCAUGUCAGUGGCAUUAAAGAAUUGGCCCGGAGAUUUGCUCUUACCUUUGGACUGGAUCAGAUUAAGACCAGGGAAGCAGUUGCAACACUUCACAAAGAUGGCAUAGAAUUUGCUUUCAAAUACCCAAAUCAAAAGGGACAAGAGUAUCCACCUCCUAACCUGGCUUUCCUUGAAGUUUUAAGUGAAUUCUCUUCUAAACUUCUUCGGCAGGACAAAAAGACAGUCCAUUCAUACCUAGAGAAAUUCCUGACAGAGCAGAUGAUGGAGAGAAGGGAAGAUGUAUGGCUUCCACUCAUUUCCUAUAGAAACUCAUUAGUCACUGGAGGGGAAGAUGACAGAAUGUCAGUGAAUAGUGGAAGCAGCAGUAGCAAAACUUCCUCAGUCCGGAAUAAGAAAGGACGGCCACCACUUCACAAAAAAAGAGUUGAAGAAGAAAGUUUGGAUGGCACGUGGCUAAACAGGAAUGAUACAACCAUUCAGACACCUGGAGCCCUUCCUGCCCCUCAGCUAACAUCCACUGUACUGAGAGAAAAUAACCGACAAAUAGGAGAACAAAUUCAAGAACAUGAGUCAGAACAUGGAUCUGAACCAGACUUCUUACACAAUCCUCAGAUGCAGAUCUCCUGGUUAGGCCAGCAAAAGUUAGAAGACUUAAAUCGAAAGGACCGAACAGGAAUGAACUACAUGAAAGUGAGAAGUGGAGUCAGGAAUGCAGUCCGGGGCCUUAUGGAGGAUGAUGCUGAGCCCAUCUUUGAAGACGUAAUGAUGUCAUCCCGGGGUCAAUUGGAAGAUAUGAAUGAGGAAUUUGAAGACACAAUGGUUAUUGAUCUGCCCCCAUCAAGAAACCGAAGAGAACGAGCUGAAUUGAGGCCAGAUUUCUUUGAUUCUGCAGCUAUCAUAGAAGACGAUUCAGGAUUUGGAAUGCCUAUGUUCUGAAGUCUGAUGAAGAAAUUUUAUAAACCUGGAACUCUAUUAUUUAGAGCUAGAGGCCUAUAUACUGUGAUAGCUUAUAUGGGGAAAAAAAAACACUUUUGAUGUGAUCUGCUUUGUUUUUUAAUCAAAUGAUUAUGGUCAAUCCCUUUUUGCAGUGACAGAGCAGAAGAGAGGAGCAUGUAAAUUACACAAGGGAAUGUUGAUGAACAGUCACCUCAGAAAGACUGACCUGAAAAAUCAUUUGUAUUCUAGUACUGGACUAUCCCAAUACAGAUGUGUGUGUUUUUUUUCUGGAUGGGAGGGUGGGGAUUUUAAAUUUUUAAGACAGUUGUCAAGAGAAACUGUUGUACACCUGUUUUAUGAAAACUCAGCAUUGAGUGAAAAAAAAUAUUUUUAACUUUAUUUUCCUGCUGUACAAUUUAAAACUGUUUUAACAUUUGCCUUUUUAUGUUUUAAGAGCUAACCAUUUUUAUUAAACCUAUGCCAGUCAGUCAUUGACUAGCGGUGAUGCUAUAUAAGCCGGUCAUCCUGGUUGCAGAAGAGUGUUUUUGAACCCACUGGAUGUGGUUGACAUUGUGGUCCACGGGCAAGGAGAGGAGCAGAACAUUGACGACCCAUGGCGGGGCCCUGACCCAGUGUACUGCUGCCAAAUACACACAUGUGCGCAUGCGCGUGCACACACGCAUCCCGAGACAGGGCGAAAAACCCAGAUUUUAUAUACUCUCGAGAAAGGUUUAUUUUUAUUUAUAAGGGGGCAUAAAAUCAGAAAUGUCCAUGCAGCCACUUUUCCAACAAAUGCUGUGCAACAAUGCGUUUUAUAUAGCACCAGGGAGACACAAACACAGUACAUUUUCUAUGGGUAAUUUGUUCUUUGCAUUUUUAGCGACUUAUACCAGCAAAUAAAGUAUUCUCAGUAAAACAAACAAACAGUUCUCAAGUUAUCAGUUUGCUGUUUUUAUCACUUAUGUCAUGCCCUGCCAAACCCAAGGUACACAGACUGCCAUUUCCUUAGGAAAAUAAUCACUUUACUGUUCCGAAUCGAUUUUAACUGUACCAUAGAUGUGUCUACUUCCCAUGCAGUAAAUACCCUUAUGUGCUGACUAAUUUUGUAAAUUAAUUUUGCCAGUUAGAAGUAUGUGCUGCAUAGAAGUGUGUGCUUAGAGGGUGAAGUUCUUAAGCUUACCAAGGAAUCCAGCUACAUUUUCAGUGUUAACUGUGCAUAUUAAAAGUUAUUCUUUGUGGGGAGAAAAAUGGUGAGUUUUCACAACAGAAGAAAGGCCAAACUAGUAGUCCUGAGCUAAUCAUUGUUCUAAAAGGUUUAAAUGUCUUCAGUGGUUUGGAGUUAUAUUCUGCUUAGCUUUUUUGACUAUGCCCAGUUGCUGCUAUUGUAGUUUGAGAAAACAACUUUUCCUUAUCCUUUUUGAUUCUUUACUUUAGCACUGGAACUUCAAAACACAGCCAUCCACUGUAAGAACAGCUAUUUCUGGUUGAGGGAUUAUUUUUAAAGCAGCUGCAACAAAACCAUGAGACCUUCUCUUUACCAAAAACUUCAUUCUUUUUUUUUUUUUUUUUUUUUUUUUUUUAAAGAUUAAAAUCUGCAUACCCAGUGAUUACCUGUUGGGAAGGAGGGGGAAAAAUGGAUGUUUUCAUCCUCUUAAUAAACACAAAAAGCUCAGACUUUUUUCAAAAUGUGUGUACAGUCCUCAAAAUAAGACUUGGUUGCCAAAAAAUGUUUGACUUGCUAAUUCAGCAUUUCCUCAGCCAGGGUAAUUAAGAGGGAGACAACAGUGCUGGGCCAGUAGAGCCGCGAUGCUCUUGGAAAGAGGCCAGCAGGAAUGGCUGCAUUAACAUGUCAGCUCAGUAGUUCUGUGACAGGGGGAGGAUCAUGAUUGAUGCUGCACGGUUUGAGUCACAAUCACAGGCCGGUCUUGUUCUUCACAGUCCUCUGUGGAAAACCGAAUCCUAACUUAGAAUUGUAGAAUACUGUAUAACAAAAACAAAAAACAAAAAAAAAAAAGUUUAAUAUCUAGGUACCUCCAAUGGGUUUCCAAUUCAGUUUGAAGUCAAAUAGAUUUUUGUAUUUUGAGUGUCUCCUUGAUUGGUUUUGCUAGUACUUCUGUAAAUUGUACAUUUACAAUAUGAGGUUUUUCCUUUUGUACAAUUUGAAACUGAUGCUUCACCUUUCCUUUAAUAAACUAUUCAAAAU